AUGGUUUGCGUUGACGACCGAGUUUCUGAUUUCCAUCAUCAGCCAGUCAGAUUAAAUGGGGCUAAGCUGGUUGAUAAAGAGGGUGAGCGGACUGUUGCCACCGCCUUAUUAGGAUUUUCUAUCGCGCUAUGGGCCAUUGUGGAUUUUUUUAUCAUGAUUGAGCACAUUUAUAUCAAGAACGGUAUCACUUUGCGAGACCAGAGAGCACUUCCAGGUCGAUUCCCAUCUCCAACACCUUCAGUUAUAUCAGACCCCGCUGAGAUACUAGGUGGUGUCUCCCUAUUCCCGAUGACCUCACAUGUACAUACGAGAAGUGCGGGAAUGCCUCUGCGAGAUUUCUCCAGGAACCAUACUGCUCCGCCUUUUGCUCGUCAGAGACCACGAUUCUCAAGCGCUCAAAGCGAAAGACAGUUACUCCCAGAAAAUCGGAGAGAUUCACACGCUCAGAAUACUAGUCUUGCCAGUCAUUCUUCCCUGACCCCUUUAGGCUCCAGACCCCAAACGCAGAGACGGGGGAUAUCUGAUCCGCGCUACGAUCGGACUAGGAGUAGGAUAAGCCUAAGUUACGGAAGCCCCGCCCGAAGAGCCAGGCAAAGGCCUCAGCAGACGUCCCGAGUUCAGACCAGCCAUACUUCGGAAACUGAGACACCAGUACUCAAUGAGUUCGGCACAAUGCAGACUGGAACCUCCCAGGCCAACGCCGGAGCAAUAAAUGCCAAUAACACGAGAACAUUAAACGCCAUAACACAAGCCGCAAUAUCAACUCCAAAUCAGCGAACAAGCUUUACUCCCCAGCAUGUCCACGAUGAACUUCGAAACAGAAUAACUAAAGAUCUCAAUUAUAACCAAAGCAUGGGCACGGUGUACAUCGCCCGCGACCCCAAUCGACCCCAUCUCCUUAAAAUCGGGGCAACGGAUAACUUCACUAACCGCCGAAGAACGCUUGAACAGAGAUGCAGACUCAGUGUAGAGCUUGUACACAGUUCCAGCCGUUUAGUGAACUAUUUUAGAGCUGAGCAGCUUGCUCAAGGAGAUCUGAUACACCUGCGCCGACGAUAUGAAUGCAAUGUCUGCAAUACAGAGCACAGAGAAUGGUUUGAAGUAUCUGAAGAGUUGGCAAAGCAGACUGUGGAAAGAUGGGUCGGGUUCAUGAAACAAUAUCCAUAUACUCGAACCGGGAAACUGAAAGCUAUUUGGCAGUACCGCCUUGGCCAAAGGACACUACCUAGCUCAGAAGUGGAUCAUAGCCGUCGGUGGAAACACUGGAGUUUGAUCCUUCUUCCACCUUCGAGACUCGAUCAUUGUCUUUUUUGGCUAGAAGUGGUGCAUAACCAUCCGAUAUGGCAGUUUUCGUGGGAUUUUUCGUGGCAAAUAUCUUGCGUAGUCUCAUGGUUAGUCACAUUCUUGGUUCUAAGGAAUAGCUAUGUAUUUUUCAUUCUUCUUUCACACAUCGCAUGCGGCUGGGUGAGCAUGUCUUCGCGAUUUUCCAAGAGAGUUAGAGGUGUUGCAUUUGAAUUGUGCGCCAUAUUUACGUCUAACAAUAAGUGGUUUGUGAAUCAUCUAUGUGGUAGCAACAAGAUAUACGAUGGCUCGAAAUGUAGGGAAGAUAGCCAUCUCCCUAUGGAGUUAAAAAGCAGUUUGUUCAAAUUCGGCGUUGAAGAAACUGUUAGUGACGAAGUGUGUCGUGGUAGGAAAUGUAUGGAACAAACACUCUUGGUCACAAAGACAGAGUGUAACUCUAGGAGCAAAUGGAGAAAGCAAGCAGAUGUUUCUGGGACGUUGGUUACUGACCCGGCACUAAUAGGCCCUAAACAGCCUCAACCUGUUCCCGUGUUCUUGCUGAUGCUUAAAUGCUUCGCUAUCCAUCAUACUAUGAGUUCAAGUUCGGCGGUUUUAUUUCGGGAUUCUCUCUAUUGGUGGCUCGUCGAACACGUGCAGAUGCGUGCUUCAGACUGGGUAGCUCUUCGGGUACUGCCAGACCUUCUUUUGAUUCCAAUCCUAACUGCUCCGGCUGUUUCAUUUGAGAUUGGUCAGGGUGCUCAGUCGUGUGUGGUCGGGCUUCUCCUCGAUCCCUAUGCGGGGUUUUAUGGGAGAAGUCUUUAUCGGGCGAAGUACAACAGGGACACUACAUCCGUACAGAAUACAGGUCAAUUUCUUCGAGACCCUUCUUCCUUCUAUCAGCAUUAUCUGACGGCCCCAAAUUACGGACUACACUCGUCGAAUGAACUCUAUCUCUUUGAUAUUCAGACCACCACGUUUACUGCGAUGCUCAAACAUCUACUUGCAUGCUAA